AUGACAUCCACGACCACGCUCCCCCCCAUCACCCUCCUCCGCCCCAGCGCCCUGCUAAUCCCCUCCACCGCCCCCCUGAUCCUGGAGAUCAACAUCCCCAUCUUCCGCGACGACCACGCCUUCCCCCUUACUCGCGCGCUCCGUCCGCAAGUCCCUCAUUCCUGGGCGAUCAGGCCAUUGCGACAAUAUUGCGAUGUCGAUGGGGAGGAGUAUUCCCCUACGGUCGGCACUGAGGUGACGUACUACACCAAGCUUAAGGCUGCUCGGCGAAUUGUGUGGUUAAUGGACUGGAUGCAAGGUACUAAGCGAAGUAACGCGGUUUCGACAGCAGCAAUGGACAUCCGCGACGUCUCCAACCUUCCGCAAUACUUCCAACUCCUCCGCGACCAGCAACAGAAGCUGCAGGAUGCUCAGACCCUGCUUAUCUUCUCUUACAUCCGCAGCCGAGCAGUCCCGUCAGCCUAG